UCAUGUUCGGUUGCGCAGAUGAAACCGGUAAGCGAGUACUCCAGCACGUUGUGAAGCCGCUAGUGCUACUGGCUGCCGUUGAGGUGAUUCAAAGAAAUCACUCGUUUAUAAAUCUACUAUUUUUUGAUAAUUGACCCACUGAGAUUUCAAGUUGACCAAAGAAAUGGUGAUGGAGAAGCCAAGUGCCCAGCUGGUCGGGCGAGAGUUUGUCCGACAGUAUUACACACUCCUGAACCAGGCCCCUGACUACCUGCACAGGUUUUACGGAAAGAACUCCUCCUACGUUCACGGCGGCCUGGACAACAACGGCAAACCAGUCGAGGCUGUUUAUGGACAAUCUGAGAUCCAUAAGAGAGUGAUGGCUCUGAGUUUCCGCGAUUGUCACACUAAGAUCCGACACGUGGACGCCCAUGCCACCCUGAACGAGGGUGUGGUCGUGCAGGUGAUGGGCGAGCUGUCCAACAACAUGCAGCCCAUGAGGAAGUUCAUGCAGACGUUUGUGCUGGCACCCGAGGGAACGGUUGCAAACAAAUUCUACGUCCACAACGACGUGUUUCGUUACCAAGACGAGGUGUUCGCUGACUCCGACUCUGAGCCCCCUGAAGAGUCUGAGGAUGAGGUGGAGGAGCUCGAGGAGAGGGUCCCCUCCCCAGACGUCGCUCCAGAGGAAUCUGCUCCUUUCUAUGACCCAGCAGCCUGUUCGGAGCCAACUGUUCCCGGUGAAGAGGAGGAAGCUGCAGCAGCGAGUCCAGAACCAGAGCCUGAAGUGGAGAAGGAGGCUGAGGCUGCAGUGGUGGAGCUGAAACAGGAGUCUAUACUCGAGACACAAACAGACGCGCACACAUCCGAUGACCAGUCAGAGAAAAGCCCUGCCAGCGCCCCACCCACCGCAGAACCCAUUACUGUGCCCGCUGAACCCACCCCCGCCGCUCCAGAAGAAAACAGGCCGUUCUCCUGGGCGUCUGUCACCAGUAAGCACCUUCCUCCCAGUGGGGCCGUCCCAGUCUCAGGAAUCCCCCCACACGUUGUCAAAGCCACUCCCACAGCAGCGCCCAGAGCGGAGGUAAAGCCAGAGUCCCAAACAGCCACACAGAGACCACAGAGAGACCAGAGACCGAGGGAACAGAGGCCUGGAGGCCCUCCGCCGGUACACAGAGGGCCCAGACCAGCCAGGGAAGGUGAGCAGGGCGAGUCGGAGGGUCGCAGAGUUGCCCGAUACCCCGAUGCACACCAGCUCUUUGUGGGAAACGUCCCUCAUGAUGUGGACCGGGCUGAGCUCAAGGAGUUCUUUGAACAGUAUGGUACAGUCCUGGAGCUGAGGAUCAACAGUGGAGGGAAGCUUCCAAACUUUGGUUUUGUUGUCUUUGACGACUCUGAGCCUGUGCAGAAGAUCCUCAGCAACAGGCCCAUUAAGUUCAGAGGCGACGUCCGCCUCAAUGUGGAGGAGAAGAAGACUCGGUCGGCCCGGGAGGGCGACAGGCGGGACGUGAGGCCCCGUGGUCCAGGAGGUCCUGGCGGUCCCAGGGAGCGAAUAGGAGGCGGCGGCGGACCACGAGGACCCCCGGCUCGUGGAGGAAUGGCACAGAAACCCAGUUUCGGCUCCGGGCGGGGCGCUGGGCCAAAUGAGGGGCGCUACUCCACCCAGCGCCAGUGAGACAUGUGGGCACCAAACCUGAGUGUGAUUAUUUAACAGUCUCACCUCGCUUCAGAGGAAUUGGAUAACCCAAACUCUAACCAAAAGGCCCUUUUGGAGAAAGAAUAAGUCUGAAUUGUCAAUUUUAAGUUGGAUUUCUGGUGUUUAUUCACACAAAGGCACUGGUUUUCUGAUUUCUAUUCUCUUUAUUCUUUCUCUUUAAUUUUAAAUAUUAAAAGGGGAUUCUGUUGGUAAUCAGCGCAGGUUUGGUUGAGUUUUCACCAUCAUGUCACGCCAGCUCCUGCUGAAUACAACAGCCAGUCUCGACAUCUGUCUCUCAAGAAGACGGCUGCCUCCUCUUCCUCCCCAGGCUCCCUCCAUCCCGCCUGAUUCUUCUUCUUCUUUCUCACCUGCUGCUUUUUGUUUCCCUCCGAGGAAUCCAGAAUGUCACUCCUCUUAUUUCCCCCUCCUUUCCUCCUCUUUGUCGCCUCCUUCACCCGCACACGUAUUACUAUCUGGACUUUUUUUUGGUCAUUUUUUGUUUUGUUUUUCAUGCUGAACUUGAAUUUAUUAAGAAGCAAACGGAAACACGCAAACACAUGAGAAAAAGGGUAAAUACUACUUGAAUUGGGGAUUAAAAAACCCAGAGGUUAGGUUUUUCGCGUUCUCUCUCCCUGUUUCUUAAAGGAACGUGUACUUUACUGCUUGGGCAAUCCUGUGUAUUGCUGCCACCGUUGUAUCUAGCGAUGGAUCUGUCUUAUCUUUUUAUUCUAUCAGGUCAAGAGCUGAACUGUAGUGGUUUUAUUUGAGUAAAAAUGUUGGCUUGUAAUAUGUGGAUUCACAGACGCGUCUGAAUGGAGCAUGUAUCAAAUCCUGUUGAGGCUUCUUCUACCGAUGCACUUCAUUUGUCAUGUUUUAAACGAACUCACCUGCCGAUGAGAGAACUAAAUUAAAAGUGAUUUACUGUUGUAAAAAUC